AUGGCAGAGACGUUAGCAUGGAAACUCCGUGUCCCAAACAUCGACCGUACGCCGGAGGUCCAAUGGAAAUGUCGAGACAGCCCUCCGACGACGACCGGAGCACCGGAGAGCUUCGCGCACUGGAUUGCAACCUCACCUCCCUCUGCGACCACAUUCAAUCCGAAGGCUUCAACAACGGCGCUUUCUCUGACGUUGUCGUCCACGCAAUGGGCUCCACCUAUCAUCUCCACCGUCUCAUCCUCUCCCGUAGUUCUUACUUCAGGUCUCCAUUACAAUUCUCACUCCUACUACAUCCUUAUUUCUGAAAUUAUUCUUGUUUUGCUCUGAUUUUGAUUAAUUCGUUUUGGGAAAUUGGUUAUUCUGUAGGACACACGCAAUAAUGGGUAAAUUAUGUUUUCGUAGAAGUAAAUACACAGUUAAUUAGAGUAUGGUGAUGCAUAUAUUGGAUAUGGCUUGUUUGGAUUUCUGAGAAGUGAAACAACUUAUGUGCUACCUUGUAUUCUGUUUGAAUGUGCAUACAAUUCGAUAUUACAUGGAUUUUCGGAAGCAUGUUGCCCAUGGUUGGAUUGAGUGAAUUAGUAGUUGAUAGGGCUAGUCAGGGAACGAGGCAGGUAAACUCGGGAUAAGUUGUAAUUGUGAAUGUGGAAUCAAGCUUCUGCGGAGCAAUAUAUCUUUCGCAAACCUUUGAAAUUCAUUAGUAUGAAUAGUGAUUGUGGAACCAAAGCUUGAAACCAUGAAUGCAUUGUCAAUCGCACAUGUUGCCACAUGUGAAUCUAUCUUGCCUAUGAAAACUAGAGAUAAGAGCAACUCUCAACAAAUGGCUAGUCAAAAUGUAUUUAAAUAUUGUAUUCUCUAUUUUAGGUUGUCACUUUUAUAAAUUCACUCUAACUACGCUCUAUAUUUUAGCCGACUACUUCAACUAACUUUAACUAAUUUUCAAUAAUAUAAUUCAAAAAUUCAACUCA